UGCAAGGAUCAUGAGUUUAAGUAAGAAAAAAAGUUUUUUGAAGUAAAGCAUUCGGUGACAAAAGCCCAUUAUGAAGGAAUUGCAUUCACCGGAGGUUCCGACAAGAGAGGAACCGAAUCUCCAGUGGUCACUCGAGGCUGCACCGCGGAAGGGGUCUCCGGGGUCUUUCCAGAAGGAUCCACCGUACAAGGUUCCCCAGGCAGCCUGCUGGCAGUUCGGGCGCCACCCUGACAAAGGGCGGGGCAUACGCCAGGAGUCCACGGUUAGCCUUCCUUUGCCAGUACUGAGCAUGGCGUCGAUCACGUGAUAGCGCGCGAACACAUUUCGUUCGCUAAGCGGCGCGCCUCCCUUAAGCACGGACCAAUGAAAUGCAGGCGUACGGCACGCCCUCUUUCUUGAUUCACCAAUAGCGUCCCGACGCCCGCCCGGCAGUAAUCCAAUCAAGGCUAUGUUUUCGGCUGAACGGGCCGGGCGGUUCAGUGAACCGGCCGCAGUCUCCCGGAAGAAGGCGGAAACGCGGAGCUGCGAGUCCGUGCGCGCGGGCGGACGGGCAGACGGCCGUGUGUUCGCGAGCGCGAGGAGCAGAGCGACGGACCGGUACGAUGACCGAGCAGGACGUGGAGAAUGAGCUCCUGGACUACGAGGAGGACGAGGAGCCUCAGGCGCCCACUGAGAGCACCCCGGCGCCCCCCAAGAAGGACGUCAAGGGCUCCUACGUGUCUAUCCACAGCUCCGGCUUCCGGGACUUCCUGCUGAAGCCGGAGCUGCUGCGUGCCAUUGUGGACUGCGGCUUCGAGCACCCCUCGGAAGUCCAGCACGAGUGCAUUCCGCAGGCCAUCCUGGGUAUGGAUGUCCUGUGUCAGGCCAAGUCUGGGAUGGGCAAGACGGCGGUCUUUGUGCUGGCCACCCUGCAGCAGAUCGAGCCGGUCAAUGGACAGGUGACGGUCCUGGUCAUGUGCCACACGCGGGAGCUGGCCUUCCAGAUCAGCAAGGAGUACGAGCGCUUCUGCAAGUACAUGCCCAGUGUGAAGGUGUCUGUGUUCUUCGGGGGCCUGUCCAUCAAGAAGGACGAGGAGGUGCUGAAGAGGAACUGCCCGCACGUGGUGGUGGGGACGCCGGGCCGCAUCCUGGCCCUGGUGCGCAGCCGCAGCCUCAACCUGCGGAACGUGAAGCACUUCGUGCUGGACGAGUGUGACAAGAUGCUGGAACAGCUAGACAUGCGGCGUGACGUGCAGGAGAUCUUCCGGCUGACGCCGCACGAGAAGCAGUGCAUGAUGUUCAGCGCCACGCUGAGCAAGGAGAUCCGGCCCGUGUGCAGGAAGUUCAUGCAGGAUCCCAUGGAGGUGUUUGUGGACGAUGAGACCAAGCUCACCCUGCACGGGCUGCAGCAGUAUUACGUCAAGCUCAAAGACAGUGAGAAGAACCGCAAGCUCUUCGACCUGUUGGACGUGUUGGAGUUCAACCAGGUGGUCAUCUUUGUCAAGUCGGUGCAGCGCUGCAUGGCGCUGGCCCAGCUCCUCGUGGAGCAGAACUUCCCAGCCAUUGCCAUCCACCGGGGCAUGGCCCAGGAAGAGCGCCUGUCACGCUACCAGCAGUUCAAGGACUUCCAGCGGCGGAUCCUGGUGGCCACCAACCUGUUCGGCCGCGGCAUGGACAUCGAGCGCGUCAACAUCGUCUUCAACUACGACAUGCCCGAGGACUCGGACACCUACCUCCACCGGGUGGCCCGCGCAGGCCGCUUCGGCACCAAAGGCCUGGCCAUCACGUUCGUGUCGGACGAGAACGACGCCAAGAUCCUCAAUGACGUCCAGGACCGCUUUGAAGUGAACGUGGCCGAGCUGCCCGAGGAGAUCGACAUCUCCACAUACAUUGAGCAGAGCCGAUAACAUCACACCCUCCGCUGCACACGGCCCCUCCCCGGCGACAAGACUGUAAACUUGUAUAAGAAUAAACUUUUAUUAAGGA